UACCUUCUCCAUUUGUCUCCAUAUAAACAAACCCUUCACCCCACAAACACUUCAUCAUUAUUCUCUAAUCUCUUCUCUUCUCUCCUCCAUUACUUUACUUUCUCCACAUUCAACAUCACAUCAUACAACAAUGUCUUCACAACAUUUCUUCACUUUUUUCUUCUUCCUUCUCAUAUCUUGCAACACUAUCACUUCAUCAUCAUCAUCAUUAUCACAAAAUGAUGACACUUUUGAAUUUGUUCGUCCUAUGGACAGAAAAUUAUUAGGCCUAAAGAAAGAAAAACUAAGUCAUUUCAAAUUCUAUUGGCAUGACACAGUCAGUGGAAAAAACCCAUCAUCAGUUACAAUUAUUCCACCAUCAUUGAAACUAAAUUCAACAACUGGUUUUGGUAUAGUUAAUAUGAUUGAUAACCCUAUAACUUUAGGACCAGAGUUAAGUUCUAAAGUUGUUGGAAAAGCUCAAGGGUUUUAUGCAUCUGCUUGUAAAGAUGAACUUGAUUUGCUUAUGGCUAUGAAUUUGGCUUUUAUUGAAGGAAAGUAUAAUGGAAGUAGUCUUACUAUUUUGGGAAGGAAUCCUGUUUUUCAUAAGGUUCGAGAAAUGCCUGUGAUUGGUGGGAGUGGACUUUUCAGAUUUGCUAGAGGGUAUGCUCAAGCUAAUACUCAUUGGUUUGAUCUCAAAUCUGGUGAUGCUGUUGUUGAGUAUAAUGUUUAUGUUUUUCAUUAUUGAUUGUUGUUGUUGAUUAUUUUGGGAUUUGUGUUUGUUUAAUGUUAUGAGGCUAUGAUUGUUUGGUGUUAGAUUUGGAUUAUUGUGGUUAAUAAUUCAAUAAAUUUGUAGUUGUUGUACUCAAUUGACUUAAAUGUAUCUUUACGAUUCACGGUGAA